AUGAUUGAAAAUAUUAUUUUCAAUGUAGCAUUCUGGCUCCGCAAAAAGUUCCAAAAGGCCACUCAACGCCGUUACGAAACCCAAGGAAUCCUGAGGAACCUCCUGGGCAAGCCAAAUCCUCAUCAACCAGGUGGGCAAAAUUUUACAGUUGUGUUCUUCAAGAGGCAGUGGAGGGCGCAACGAGAAUUUCACGUUAGUCAUAGUGAAACCGAGACAGAUCGCCGAAAAAAGCUAGUUGCACUUUACAAACGCAAGGCAACAGUCGAGCACAUGAGGCAAGGUUUACAGAGCCCUGAGAUCUUCUUAGUCACUGUUGCCGAGGUUCGGGCCCUUAUGGACUCAAUUGUUACCGAAUCAGAUUCUUUGAGUAUCCAGAUUGCGCAACUUACCGGCCGGAGUGGGGCAGCCGCAGACCGAGAUUACGAAGAGGAGAAACUACGACUCCUUCUCUGGGAUGCGAAAUCAGAUCUCUUUGCUCAAGUGGUCCAAAUACAUGCCGAGCGUCGACCACUACUAGAUUCACACAUCAUGGGAUCUCAUCUUGGAACACAUGGAAAAGAAACUAUAGUCAAAGCGCUUCAGAACCGACGCCCAGCUGUCAAAAAAAUCAUUGAUUCAUUCAACGAGCUUUAUCAAGAAUUCCGCGAGAAAUACCCCAAUCACCAACAACCAGAUGUACACAAUCAUCCUCUGACGUACAAGGUCUUCAUCCAAUGGGAAAUGGACCACGCUUUCUGGAAUGAUGUUCUGAGUAUGGACUUGUUUGAAAAUCAACGUGUUGGCCCUCGAGACAAUCCCAACCCAGGAGCACCUCCGAAUUAUUCUACACCUGGCUCUGGUUCUGAAUUUUUGGCUUGCCGGAGUGCCCCUCCCUCGUCCCUCUCCACUGAGAUAUUGCCUCAGGGCCCCAACUUCACUCCCACCCUAUCCGGCCAAAGCGGUGGCGGAUUCUUUCGCCGAGUCUUAGAUCGAUCCCCCUCCAACAGUUUGGCCAACAACAAUGAUUUGUCACCUCCUGCUCUUCCACCCCCACUCCAACUAGACGUUAAUCCCCCUAAUACCCCCGCUCCAAAUACUAAGCCGGCCCGCAAAAAACGUGCCCCUCGAGCCAGAAACACUACAAUUCCUGUGUCUCCAUCGACGUCACAGGUGUCCCACCCCCCUCCGCGCGACCCUACCCCCAAGCCUGACCUUAGUCAGUUUCAAGGUCGCAACAAGAGAUCCAAGCUAUCAGCCGAAACGAUGGAGAAGAUCCGGCAUCAGCCACUUGAUACACUCCGCUGUAUCGUUGUUAAAGACCCGGAGUAUAAGCGCCUCACCAUCGCCGAUAAGCUAGAACUGGAUCAGGCAUACCUUGAUUACCAGUCCGCUGUCCAUCUCAUUGCUAUUAAGAAUAAGCUUGAAAUCAAACCGGUGUUGCACUAUCUCGGAAACAAAGUGCGCAUCCGCGGUGGAAAUUGCUACAAUGACUUUUGCAAAUAUGAUCCGGAGGCUGUUGCCAUUAAACACAAUGAAACCAUCACCUCCAACGAGCGGGCUAUCAAAUGUGGGGCCCUUUGGCGUGGGCUUACCCAGGAAGCUCGGGAGCAGUGGAAGGAUCAAGACUACAUUGAUUCACUUGCUCGUGUAAAUUCUGUGACCAGCAUCCCCGCCAAAACGGACCAUCUCCCCGAAGAUGAGACAUCUCUCCAAAACCUCAGCACUGCUCACCAGGUGGAGGGAUAUGUUGUGCUUGCCUUGCGCGACCCCGUUCGACCAGUUCUUCUCACCAGCGGAAGUCAUAUGGCAGAAGAGUUCCUCGACAUCUUGGAGCCCGAAAAAAAUCAAUGCAAUUCCUUCUUCAAGUUUGUUAGUGGAAAACAGGCAAUUAAAGAUGUCUCCGGCCGCUUACCUCCUCCGAUUAAUCCAAGGAAGAGAAGACGUGCUAUUGAAAGCGAUGAUCCGGACUGUCCAUACGAUUUAGGAAGCAAGGUUGCUAACUCUGAUGAGGUUCAAAGGUUGCUCCAAGAGGCUUUGACCAAGGCCACUCAUGGUGUUUGCGUGACAGGUUGGCCGGGUGAGAAUACUGCCGCAACUUUGCAAGAAUUGGGUGUCACAUUAUUUGUGCAACCAAACAAUCUGCUUAUUGCACCAGCUGAAUUUUGCAAGGCACCAACAAAGAUGCGCAUCGGCACAACACGGCGAAUUCUCACGGUGUUUGCAAAGGGUUGGGUUAAGAUCACCGGUCCACCUGCUCCCAAUCCAGGUCCAAUUGGCCUUUGUCCGAACGCAGAGAACAGUGAUGAUAACCUUGCCCCUCCGCCCAAGAAGGCCAUUUACCCAAAGGAGGCGUGUCACCAUAGAGCACUCGUCCUCAGACUCUGA